UUUUAACUCAUCCUUUCCCUUGUUUUUCCGCUAGUACUCCUUCCUCUUUUUUCUUUCUUAGGUAGAAAUUGAGUUGAGAAUCAAUUUAAGAAAUAUUCUGAAUCAAUAAAUUAAACUAGUCGAUAAUAUAUCGACUAUAUGAAUCUUCUAUAAUCAUUUCAUUCUAUUCAGAUCCAUUUGCAUUGAACGUUGAGAUGGGCGUAAAAUGGGACGAGGAAAAAUUAGAGGAAAUUGAAGCGAAUAAACCGAUGAGAAUGAAGAUCACCGAGCCAAAGACACCAUAUCAUCACCCUAAAAUUGAUGAUGAUGAUAAUUUUGAGGAAUAUGGCAAUGGUAGCAAUGACGUGGAUGAUGACAUGGCAUUGUGUUCAAGUAAAAGUAGAUCUGAUGAUCCUCGUAAGAAUAAUGAUGAUGAUGAUGACGACGUUGUUGCUAUGGACCAUGCUGAUGUUGAUGCUGAAGAAGAUUCAGAGGAAUUAGAGAGGAAAAGGAAUUUUAUAGAACAUAGAAGAGGUCAUUAUGAUGAAUAUAAGAGAAUCAAAGAGUUACAAAGAAAUGGAUCCCUUCUUCAAGAAUUUGAUGAUGAUGAUGAUGCUGCUGCUGAUAAUAAUAACGAUGAUGGUGUUAAGGUCAUAGAAAUUGAGGAACAAAAGGAAGACACUUCAACAUAGUCAUCUUAUUUUCAUGAAUAUCAUCUUCUUUUUUUUCUUUUUUCGAUUUAAUCAUUUGAUAUAUGAAGUUUACACUUAGAUUUGCAUUAGAUAUAGGCCAACCUUUUGGUAGAAUGUGAUUUUUCUCGUCAAUAGACCUUUGUUGCAUGAAGAUGAAGUUUAUACUGAUUUGAAUAAUUCAGAUUCAUGGCAAGUAAAUCGAUUAAAUAGACAAAACGUUUUUUAGCAAAAUGUGUUCUUAUUCUAAUCUUAAGAUAUAAAUGUUGUUGUCAUG